AUGGCUGACAUGAUCGGCCCCGACCAUACGCCAAAGCGAAGCUUUGGAGAGCAAGCAAGACGCGCCAUGAAGGCUUUCACGACAAAAGACGGGUUAGUUGGCACUUAUGACUAUGGCUUUCUCUUCCGACCAAACCUCCCUUUUAUGAAGAAGGAGCGAAGAGCAGCUCCCUUCUUUGGCCUUAACGAUCGCAUGCCAGUACUACUAGCUCUUCUUCUCGGAUUUCAGCAUGCGCUCGCCAUGUUAGCAGGUGUCAUAACACCUCCCAUUAUCCUCGCCAACGCCGCACAUCUAAGUUCAGACCAACAACGCUACCUUGUUUCCACUUCACUGGUAGUCUGUGGAAUCCUAUCCUCUGUCCAGAUUACGCGCUUCCACAUUUGGAAAUCCCCGUACUACAUCGGCACUGGUCUAAUCUCAGUUGUUGGUACCUCUUUUGCGACUAUUCCCGUGGCGACUGGUGCGCUUAGCCAGAUGUACGCGACUGGGUUCUGCCCAACUGCUGCUGAUGGCACAAGACUGCCUUGCCCCGACGGAUACGGUGCUAUCCUCGGUACUUGUGCUGUAUGCGCCUUGCUCGAAAUCGGCAUGUCCUUCACCAGCCCGCGUAUCCUCAAGAAGGUCUUCCCGCCCCUAGUUACUGGACCUACGGUUCUACUCAUCGGUGUCCAUCUCAUCGAAACUGGAUUCCAAAACUGGGCUGGUGGCUCCGGCGAUUGCCAGUCCCGCCCGGAAUCUGGCCUGUUCGCGCUAUGUCCCAACAUUAACGCUCCUCACCCUCUUCCCUGGGGUAGCGCCGAGUUCAUCGGUCUUGGUUUUAGUGUUUUCAUCACCAUCAUCCUCUGCGAACGUUUCGGUUCACCAAUCAUGAAGUCUACCGCUGUCGUUGUGGGACUGCUCGUCGGAUGCAUAAUCGCAGGUGCAACAGGCUACUUCGACAAGUCCACCAUUGAUGCCGCACCUGCUGUAUCCUUCAUCUGGGUCAACACCUUCAAGCUCUCCGUUUAUGGGCCCAUCGUACUGCCUCUGUUAGCAGUUUACAUGGUUUGCGCCAUGGAAGCCAUAGGUGAUAUUACUGCCACUUGCGACGUUUCGCGCCUCGAAGUUGAUGGCGAAAUGUUCGAUUCUCGAAUUCAAGGUGGUGUCCUUGCAGAUGGUCUGAAUGGCAUGAUAGCCGCCCUUUGCACCAUCACACCCAUGAGUACCUUCGCUCAAAACAACGGCGUUAUCGCUUUGACACGUUGCGCAAACCGAAAAGCCGGUUACGCAUGUUGCUUUUGGCUCAUCGUCAUGGGCAUCUUCGCUAAAUUCGCCGCUGCCCUUGUUGCCAUCCCAUCAGCAGUUCUCGGCGGAAUGACUACCUUCCUGUUCAGUGCCGUAGCUGUAUCUGGUAUCAGAAUUAUUAGCACCAUGCCUUUCACCCGCCGCAACCGCUUCAUUCUCACCGCGGGAUUCACACUGGGUUUCGGUGCUACCAUGGUUCCCGACUGGUUUGAUCAUGUUUUCACCUACGAUGGACCGAACCACGCUCUUCAGGGCUUCUACAACGCUAUAGUUUUGAUUUUGGAAACCGGCUUCGCUGUUGUUGCUCUUGUCAAUGUUAUCCUCAACCUUGUCCUGCCUGAGGAGAUUGAGGACGAGGAGACACCAGAGUUGACUGCGAAUGAAGUCGAUGAGCCGGCGGACAAGGAAGAGUGGGCGAGGAUUAGGAAAGGAGCUACCGAUGUUGAAGGCCGACCGAGUUCGGAUAUCGAGCCUAGCAAGGUUGCAUGA